CAGCCGCGUUUCGGGUGGUUCGAGAAGAUUCGGAGACACUCGUCAACCGGAGAAGAGGACCGAAUCAAAUAACGACACGUCACUAGUUCUCGCGCAGAUAAAUAUCAGAAAUAUCUAGAGAAGGCUAUAAAUACUCCUGGAUCCUUCUCGUCAGUAGAUAUUUUCAAUUUCUGAUAAAAGCUUAUCUUAGCCCAAAGGAGAAGACGCGAAAUAGUGAACAAGGAAGCGAUUCGUCUUGCGUAUCAUUUGAAUUUCAAUCAUCGAUCAAUAGGUUUUUUUUGUUGCUUGUGGGACCAAAGAUGGCAGUGUACGAGCAUAAUAAAACUGAAUUUGAUACAACCAAGAAAAGGAAAACGAGAAGUAGGCGUGAUGGUACUACAGUGGCUGAUAGGAUCAAGAUGUGGAAAGAGUAUAACGACACUGUACAAGAGAGUCCAACCAAGAAACGGAAAGUUCCUGCGAAAGGGUCGAAGAAAGGGUGUAUGAAAGGCAAAGGAGGACCUGAGAACGGUGGGUGUAGUUUCAGGGGAGUUAGGCAACGGACUUGGGGUAAGUGGGUUGCUGAGAUUAGGGAGCCGAACAGAGGGAGCAGGCUUUGGCUUGGUACUUUCCCUACAGCUGAGAAAGCUGCGGCUGCUUAUGAUGAGGCGGCUAAGGCUAUGUAUGGUCCGCUUGCUCGUGUUAAUUUCCCUCAGGCUUCUGUUUCUGAUGUGGCGAGUACUUCGAGUCGGUCUGAGGUUUGUACGGUUGAGACUCCCGGAGUUGUUCAUGUGAAAACAGAGGAUGCGGAUUGUGAAUCGCCCAUGGCUCGUGUGGAGAAUGAUGUCCAUGAGGGUGCAGAAGAGAUGAAGAUGGAUGUUAAUGUACAUGCCGCUGUAGAUACUCCAAGCAAGGAUUGGUUGAGCGAGAUCGAACAGGAGUAUUGGACUGGGCUUCUGGAGGAGAAGCAGAAACAGAAGGAACAAGAGAUGGUUGCAGCAGGGAACUUUCAGAAACAGCCGGAUGCACUCUCUGUUUCAGAUUACGGUUGGCCUGCGGAUCUGUAUCAGAAUCAGUGGAACUCUUUGGAGAUGUUUGAUGUUUCUGAGCUUCUUGGUGAUCUAAAUGGCGACAUUUUUACAGACACGAAGCAGAGCCAAUGCCUGGGAGACAAUGUUGGAGGAGGUUUACCUGAACCCGAGAAGGAACAGCUGCAAAGCCUUGGCUCAAACUACAGAUUGUCUCCGUUGCAGCACGAGGCACAAGAUGGUAGUGACUUCUUCGAUCUGAGUUUCUUGGAUGUGAAGAACUGAGACAGUGGGGUGCAGUUGGAUGAUGUCUUUGGAUUUGUUUGAUUUGGCUUUAUCCCAGAUGACUGUUGAGACUCUUAUCUAAGUUUUUAGUGAUGUAGAGACCCUCUCAAAACUGAUAACUCCUAGAGAAUUGUAUAUACUGUGAGAUAUGUUCCAAAAAAAAAGAAAAGAUAUACUGUGUGAUAAUGUUUCAUAUAUAGUAAUAAAGAAAAGAUUGUACUUUACUUAUACUGGGUCUCGUUAGUUAGUUAAGGCUUUAGAGUCUUCUUCU